AUGACGUCGACUGCGAAACCCCGCCGGAGGUCAAGUCGCUUGGGCGCAAAAGGGGCACUAUUAGCUCUUCUCUCUGCCCCUCCGACCGCCAUGGCCGCCUGUCUGUCACUUCAAGGGUCUAAAGCUUGCGCUGCCUUUCAAUCUUCGAGCGUGUCCACGAACGACAGCCAUCUGGUGGGCCUUUUUUAUGCUUCAAACGUCCAGCGGUUUGAUGAACUCCUCACCACCUAUGUUCAAACCGAAUACGCUCAGUUUGCGCAAGCGGAGGCAUAUGUUCUGGCAGACCCUGGUCUUUGCCCAAACCCCGGAGGCAAUGCCCAAUCACAAAUCCGCGCAGACUUUGUUACUUGCUCCUUGCCAGAUAAUUCUUUAUCAAGCCGAAACUGCAUUCCCGGAAUCGCAAAUGAGCCUGAAAACUGCGGAUAUGGCAACAGCACCAUUGGCCUUUGUUCCUAUUGCGCGAAAGGCGGCAUCAACUCAACCGAUACUUGCUGCUAUCAGUCCAAUGCAGAGGCUCGUUGCAAGGAUGUCGUUCUCCCUAGCAUUACGCCCAUCACUCUUCCCACAGUUACAGCAACUACGACCGCAAUCCCGGAGGGCAGCGAAGGAGGAUUGAGUGGCGGUGUGAUUGCUGGUAUCGUCAUCGGCUCGAUCGUGGCCGCAGCCCUCCUUGCUGGUUUGGCAUUCUUCAUCUUUUACCGGCGAAAGCGGAGCGGAAGUCAACAAGGCAGCGUUUUUAACCAACCAUCCCCUGCUCGACAUGGCCCGCCUCCGCCACCGGUGAAGCAAACUAGCAGCGGUCCAGUGAGCUUUGAGAUCUUGCCUGGAGGCAGGGUAGCACGAAUGUCAGCCUUGGAGGGUCAUUCCAGUGAUGGCCCGUCUCGUCACACAGUACGCGACAUUCCGAGUUCUCUACCCGGGACUGCUGGAACAUAUAGAGGCAGCAGAAGACGUGGUGACGACCGCUCUUCUUCCGAUGGAUUUGGCUCGAGUCCCGCAUCAGAACGCGGUAUUUCGGCCGGUAUCCUUCGACCCCCUCCAACUGCGUUGAGGAGGAAUGGCUCCCUUUCCAGCAGUUCAGUGCUAGUUGGCGAUGACGGGCAUUCUCCUAGCAGUGCUGGCAUGUCCUCCCCGCAGGGAAUCGCGAGCCAACAAUCAGAGCAACUCCCGUUCUUCAAAGACUAUUACUCACAAGACGAUAUCCACCCCGGCGACCGCGUUGCGGUUUUGUGGGCAUACCAGCCGCGUGCCCCUGAUGAGUUUUUGCUCGAGCGGGGUGAUAUGCUCAAAGUGAUAGGUAUCUGGGACGAUGGCUGGGCCACAGGCGUCAUGCUGGACGAGAGGGCCGAACAGUGGGAGGCGCGACGGCAGGCGCAGCGCGAUAGUGGAGUUUCCAACACAUCUGGCAGAUUGAACGACAGUCCAAGACCUAUCACCGGGGAAAUAAAGGCAUUCCCGCUGGUUUGCGUUUGUUUGCCGCAGCACUGGAGGAGGACUAUCGAGGGCGAUGGCUCAGUUGAAACCGGAUCAAGCGGCCCACCGUACACAACCACGCACAGUUAA